AUGUGGGUUAUAAGCUUUGAACCAGGUGAACCCGGUACGGCGGAUUUUGUAAAGGCCAUAGAUGAUUUUCAUGAGAAGUACUGUAUUGGAAAAGGAGGAUUUGAAAGAGUAUACAAGGCAGAGUUGCUAUCAGGUCAAGUUGUCGCACAAAUCUACCCGUCCGUUUCGUCGACCUCCAGCGAGGAUCCACCCCAAUUCCUCUUUUCUUUGGAGCACUAUUUGAUGACUGUUGCAUAUUCUUCGGGAGGGGGCUGGGUUUUGGGUCUGCGAGAGAGGAAGAGGGAGGAGCAGUCGGGGUUGGUUGUAGUGGUGGUGAUGACGACUGGGAAGGGAUAA